ACAGCAAGUAGAUUACUAUGUAAACUACACUACACAGAAGAUUUGACUCUGUCUUCUAGCAUGGGGACCCUCUGGCACUUACAAUACAUUUUAAUUUUGCUCUGUAUUUCGGUGCCAAGUACCACAGGGAUCAAGCAAAGACCAAGAGGUGGCGUGAAGACAUGGGAUCCUGAAACAGCUUACCUCACCAGAUGUGAUUUUAACAAUAACUCAAGGCCAUUCUGUGACUGGACUCAGCCUUGCAAUGUCAACCAGGGAGUGUGGAUACGAACCAAGCAUGACACUCCAACUCAUGGAACAGGUCCUGAUGGAGACUAUCCUGAUGGAAAUGGUUAUUUCAUCUACCAAGAAGCAAGUAAUCUGAUCCCCUUUGACACUAACAGGCUGGAGAGCCCAGACAUUGUAGUUUCUGGAAAAAUAUGCAUAGACUUCUGGUACUACAUGUUUGGAACAGAAGAGAUGAAUGAGCUGAGAGUGCUUGUCCAAAAUGGCACAAAGGAGGCUGUGGUGUGGUAUCGGAAGGGAAACCAGAGUUCCUUCUGGGAAUAUGGUGCCAUCACUCACACUUUUCCAACAGAGAGAAAGAUAAAGGUGAUUUUUGAGGCUGUCCGAGGACUGACAGAGUAUGGGGAUACAGCACUGGACAAUGUGAGAGUAAGGGAUGGACCCUGUGAAGCUGGCCCUACACCUGUACCACCAACACCUACACCAACAGAACCUACACCACUCCCAGUGACAGAAGCUAUUUGCAGUGUUCAUGGGGAUCCCCACUACAACACCUUUGACAAGCAACGUCAUGACUUCAUGGGCACCUGCACCUACACCCUCUCCAAGUUGUGUGAGAGUAACAGCUCCUUGCCCUAUUUCAAUGUGGAAGCAGCCAAUGAGCACAGGAGAGGCAACACCCGUGUGUCCUAUGUCCAGUAUGUGGACAUUGAUGUCUAUAGCUACAGGAUCAACCUUGGUCAAAAAAGAGCUGUUAAGGUCAAUGGAGUCAGCCAGGUGGUCCCUGUGACCUUGGUCCCAGGUGUUAGUAUCUACCUCAGCGGGCAGUAUGUUGUGGUUACUACUGACUUUGGGCUGCAAGUCAAGUUUGAUGGAAAUCAGAGAGCAGAAAUCACUCUUCCCAGUACCUAUAUGUCUAAAGUCUGUGGAAUGUGUGGAAAUUACAACGGGCAAAAAGCAGAUGAUUUUCUCAACCCAGAUGGAGAGAUGGAAGCAAACUCAACCAGCCUUGGCAACAGUUGGCAAGUUUACAAUGACUCCAGGUGCUCACCAGAUGAUGGCCAUACUCCAAACUGCACUGAUGAUGAAAAGCACAUGAUCCAAAGCAAUGCAUACUGUGGUCUGAUCACAGAUCCAAAUAGUCCAUUCCAGAAAUGCCACUCAGUGGUUGAUCCACAGAGUUAUUUUGAAGAUUGCCAGUAUGAUCUCUGUGAACUCCACUUGGACAAUGCAGCCCUCUGUGAAAGCCUACAGGCUUAUGCAGAUGUGUGCCAAGCUGCAGGAGUCCAGCUGCCACCAUGGAGAAAUGAAACCUUUUGCCCAUUGGCAUGUCCAGCCAACAGUCACUACGAGUCCUGUGCUGCAGCUUGUCCAGCCACCUGUGUUGACCCAACAGCUCCCGAUACCUGUAGUCUGCCAUGUGUGGAGGGCUGUGUGUGCGACAGCGGGUACCUGCUCUACAAUGACCGCUGCGUGCCCAGCCAGCAGUGCGGGUGCUGGCACAACGGGCAGCACUACCCCGUGGGCUCCGAGUUCUGGACGGACGACAGCUGCUCCUCCAAGUGUGUGUGUCCCGCACGGGGAAGCAAAGUCCAGUGCUUCAAUGCCUCCUGCCCUGUGGGCCAGUACUGCGGGGUGCAGAACGGGAAACCCGUGUGCCUCGAACACUCCUACGGCAUCUGCCACGUCCACAGCGACCCCCACUACAAAACCUUUGACAAGGUGACACACAGCUUCAUGGGCAACUGCACCUACACCCUGGCCAAAGUGUGCUCCAACACCAGCUCCCUGCCCUACUUCAACGUGGAGGCCAAGAACGAGCACAGGGGCAACACCCGAGUGUCCUACGUGCGUGAAGUCACGGUGGAGGUGUACGGACAGCGCAUCGUCAUGGUCAAGCAGCAGACGAGCCACGUGCUGGUGAACAACGUGCGGCAGACGUUGCCCGUGAGCGCAGCGGGAGGGGCCGUCACGGUGAGCAAGAGCGGCCGCUACAUCGUCCUGGAGACAGACUUCAACCUCAGAGUGUCCUACGACGCUGACCACUCGGUGGAGGUGAAGGUGCCCACCACCUACUUCAACCUGACCUGUGGCAUGUGUGGCAAUUUCAACAACCGCAGAGACGACGAGUACAUGAUGCCCAACGGGCAGCAAGCUGCAGACUCCAAUGCGCUGGGACAGAGCUGGCAGGUGCCAGACAGUGACCCCUCCUGCGGUGUUCCAGUCCCCUCCCCACCCUGCAGUGCAGAAGAUGAGCAGCUCUACCGCUCCGACCAGUUCUGUGGCAUACUGACCACCAGGCCUAGCUCUUUUGACAGUUGCCACAGCGUGAUCAACCCCCAGGACUACUUUGACACCUGCCUGUAUGACCUGUGUGCCCUGAAUGGUGGCCAGGAGUUCCUGUGUGCUGCUCUGGAGGCCUAUGCUGACGCGUGCCAGGCAGCUGGUGUGACUCUUCUUCCCUGGAGAAAUGCCACCUUCUGCCCUCUGCAGUGUCCCCCCAACAGCUACUAUGACCCUUGCAUGACCGGCUGUCCUGCCACCUGUGUUGACCAACAUGCUCCUCAGAACUGCUCCAAGCCUUGUGUGGAGGGCUGUGCAUGUAGCUCUGGCUUCCUCCUCAGCGGAGACACCUGUGUGCCCGAGGCCAACUGCGGCUGCCUCUUUGAGGGCAACUACUAUACUGAAGGCGAAUCCUUCGUCAAUGAGAACUGCACUCGCCGGUGCCGCUGUGAAGCCAAAGGCCAGAUGGUUUGCUCUGCCCUGUCCUGUGGCGAGGACGAGGUCUGCAAGAUCCAGGAUGGCCAGAGGGGCUGUUACCCAGCCAGCACUGCCAUCUGCCACAUCUACGGUGACCCACACUACAGCACCUUCGAUGGCAAGCUCCACCACUUCCAGGGCUCCUGCAACUACACAGUGGUGACAGGCUGUGACAACUCCUCCAUUGGCUUCAGUGUCACCACCCGCAACGAACAUCGCGGCAGCCAGAGCUGGACAGCUCUGGACUCUGUGGCACUGUCCCUCGAAGGCCUCCACAUUGCUCUGCGCAAGCACAAGGCAGUCUACAUCAACGGUGCUCUGGUCUCCCUGCCUGCUUCUCCUGCCCCUGGUGUGAGCAUUUCCCUGAGCGGCUCCUACGUGAGGGUUUCUACCAAGCUGGGCCUGCAGCUGCAGUUCAAUGGGGACCAUGAGCUCCUAGUGAAGGUGUCUGAGAAAUACAAGGGCAAACUCUGUGGGCUCUGUGGGACGUACACUGGGAGCCAGCAGGACGACUUCAUGCGACCCGAUGGGGUGGUUGUACCCGACUUCAACGACUUUGGAGCCAGCUGGAGGGUGCCAGAUGCUGAGUGGCCGUGUGACCCAGACAUCAGCCCGCCUGCGUCCUGCUCCCCUGCUGAAGAGGAGGCAGCUAACAAGCAGUGCUCAAUCCUCACACAGCUCGGUGGCCCGUUCCAGCCGUGCCAUGCAGUUCUGCCACCCGAGACAUACUUUGAGAGCUGUGUCUAUGACCAGUGUGCCACGGCUGGCAGCACGGAGCAGCUCUGCAAUGACCUGGGGGCCUACGCUGCGGCCUGUGCUGAGGCGGGCGUUGAUCUGGGAGACUGGAGUGCUGGCACUGUCUGUGCUCCUACAGCCUCACCCCCGUCGCCAGGCACUACAACGCGGCCUCCACAUACGACAACAUCACCGUCAACUGGGACAAGCACAGCUCCACCAACAGACUGUAAUUUUGCCUGCACAUUCGAGAAGGACUUCUGUGAGUGGGUCCAGGAAGAUUACAGCAGCAUUGACUGGAUAAGGAACAAAGGCCCAACGCCCACGCCAAAUACCGGCCCGUCCUCUGAUCACACAACAGGAGAUGGCUACUACAUCUUCCUGCAAGGGGGUGAUGACGCUCUCCCUGGCUUUGUGGCUCACCUGGUCAGUCCGGUGUGCAGCUGGGAAGGAACAGUUUGCUUCCGCUUCUGGUACCACAUGUACGGAACUGCUCAAACAAUGGCCCUGGGCGUCUACGUGAAGAAGGAUGGUGAGCAAGUGCUGGUCUGGAAGAAAGCUGGGAACCAAAACGACAUGUGGCACUUGGGAGAGGUCACAGUGCACACCACAGGAAACAUGCAGAUUUUGCUGGAGGGAGAAUGGGGUGAAGAUGUGCGGAGCAACAUAGCGUUGGAUGAUAUCUCCAUUGAGAAGGGAUCCUGUGUAUCAGAUCCAUGGACACCAACACCCACGGUCCCCCUGCCAGGUACCACGACGCAGCCUGUACUCACCACCUCACCAACCGGACCCACACCGAGCUCAGGUCCACUUCCUACUACAUCCCCUACUCCACUGCCUAACAUUACAACACAGACACCAUCAACAAGACCACCUGGGGUGACCUCAGGCACCUGUGUGGUGGAAGGAGACCCUCACUACCACACAUUCGACAAGCAGUUACACCAUUUCAUGGGCACCUGCACCUACACCCUCUCCAAGCUGUGCGAGGGCAACAGCUCCCUGCCCUACUUCAAUGUGGAAGCGGCCAAUGAGCACAGGGGAGGCAACACCCGUGUGUCCUAUGUCCGAUACGUGGAUGUGGAUGUGGCUGAGCAGCGGAUAAGGCUGGGACAGGGUGGAGUGGUGACGGUCAAUGGAGUGGAAGAGAUCCUGCCUUGCAGCCCAUCCGCAGGCGUGCAGGUCUUGUCCAGCGGCUUCUACACCAUGGUCAUGACAGACUUUGGCCUGAGAGUCAAGUUUGAUGGGAAACAUCGAGUGGAGGUGACACUUCCAAGCACCUUUGGCCAGAAGGUCUGUGGCAUGUGCGGGAACUACAACGGGAUUGCAGCAGAUGACUUCCAGAACCCAGAAGGGGCAAUGGAGCCAGACUCCACCAGCCUGGGCAACAGCUGGGAGGUGUCCAACAACAGCAGCUGCUCAGCUGGACCUCUGCCCACCCCAGCCUGCAAUGAGACCGACAAACAACUCAUCGUCAGCAGCCACUUCUGUGGGCUCCUCACUGACACCAGAGGCCCAUUCCAGGUGUGCCACGCUGUGCUGAGCCCCAGCAGCUACUUUGACACCUGCUUCUAUGACCUGUGUGAGCUGGGGCUGGAUCACGAGACCCUGUGCAAGAGCUUGCAGUCCUAUGCAGAUGCCUGCCAGUCACUCGGUGUCCACAUACCUGUGUGGAGGAACACAACAUUCUGCCCAAUCGCUUGUCCGGCCAACAGUCACUACGAGUCCUGUGCUGCAGCUUGUCCAGCCACCUGUGUUGACCCAACAGCUCCCGAUACCUGUAGUCUGCCAUGCGUGGAGGGCUGUGUGUGCGACAGCGGGUACCUGCUCUACAAUGACCGCUGCGUGCCCAGCCAGCAGUGCGGGUGCUGGCACAACGGGCAGCACUACCCCGUGGGCUCCGAGUUCUGGACGGACGACAGCUGCUCCUCCAAGUGUGUGUGUCCUGCACGGGGAAGCAAAGUCCAGUGCUUCAAUGCCUCCUGCCCUGUGGGCCAGUACUGCGGGGUGCAGAACGGGAAACCCGUGUGCCUCGAACACUCCUACGGCAUCUGCCACGUCCACGGCGACCCCCACUACAAAACCUUUGACAAGGUGACGCACAACUUCAUGGGCAACUGCACCUACACCCUGGCCAAAGUGUGCUCCAACACCAGCUCCCUGCCCUACUUCAACGUGGAGGCCAAGAACGAGCACAGGGGCAACACCCGAGUGUCCUACGUGCGUGAAGUCGCGGUGGAGGUGUACGGACAGCGCAUCGUCAUGGUCAAGCAGCAGACGAGCCAUGUGCUGGUGAACAACGUGCGGCAGACGUUGCCUGUGAGCGCAGCGGGAGGGGCCGUCACGGUGAGCAAGAGCGGCCGCUACAUCGUCCUGGAGACAGACUUCAACCUCAGAGUGUCCUACGACGCUGACCACUCGGUGGAGGUGAAGGUGCCCACCACCUACUUCAACCUGACCUGUGGCAUGUGUGGCAAUUUCAACAACCGCAGAGACGACGAGUACAUGAUGCCCAACGGGCAGCAAGCUGCAGACUCCAAUGCGCUGGGACAGAGCUGGCAGGUGCCAGACAGUGACCCCUCCUGCGGUGUUCCAGUCCCCUCCCCACCCUGCAGUGCAGAAGACGAGCAGCUCUACCGCUCCGACCAGUUCUGUGGCAUACUGACCACCAGGCCUAGCUCUUUUGACAGUUGCCACGGCGUGAUCAACCCCCAGGACUACUUUGACACCUGCCUGUAUGACCUGUGUGCCCUAAAUGGUGGCCAGGAGUUCCUGUGUGCUGCUCUGGAGGCCUAUGCUGACGCGUGCCAGGCAGCUGGUGUGACUCUUCUUCCCUGGAGAAAUGCCACCUUCUGCCCUCUGCAGUGUCCCCCCAACAGCUACUAUGACCCUUGCAUGACCGGCUGUCCUGCCACCUGUGUUGACCAACAUGCUCCUCAGAACUGCUCCAAGCCUUGUGUGGAGGGCUGUGCAUGUAGCUCUGGCUUCCUCCUCAGCGGAGACACCUGUGUGCCCGAGGCCAACUGCGGCUGCCUCUUUGAGGGCAACUACUAUACUGAAGGCGAAUCCUUCGUCAAUGAGAACUGCACUCGCCGGUGCCGCUGUGAAGCCAAAGGCCAGAUGGUUUGCUCUGCCCUGUCCUGUGGCGAGGACGAGGUCUGCAAGAUCCAGGAUGGCCAGAGGGGCUGUUACCCAGCCAGCACUGCCAUCUGCCACAUCUACGGUGACCCACACUACAGCACCUUCGAUGGCAAGCUCCACCACUUCCAGGGCUCCUGCAACUACACAGUGGUGACAGGCUGUGACAACUCCUCCAUUGGCUUCAGUGUCACCACCCGCAACGAACAUCGCGGCAGCCAGAGCUGGACAGCUCUGGACUCUGUGGCACUGUCCCUCGAAGGCCUCCACAUUGCUCUGCGCAAGCACAAGGCAGUCUACAUCAACGGUGCUCUGGUCUCCCUGCCUGCUUCUCCUGCCCCUGGUGUGAGCAUUUCCCUGAGCGGCUCCUACGUGAGGGUUUCUACCAAGCUGGGCCUGCAGCUGCAGUUCAAUGGGGACCAUGAGCUCCUAGUGAAGGUGUCUGAGAAAUACAAGGGCAAACUCUGUGGGCUCUGUGGGACGUACACUGGGAGCCAGCAGGACGACUUCAUGCGACCCGAUGGGGUGGUUGUACCCGACUUCAACGACUUUGGAGCCAGCUGGAGGGUGCCAGAUGCUGAGUGGCCGUGUGACCCAGACAUCAGCCCGCCUGCGUCCUGCUCCCCUGCUGAAGAGGAGGCAGCUAACAAGCAGUGCUCAAUCCUCACACAGCUCGGUGGCCCGUUCCAGCCGUGCCAUGCAGUUCUGCCACCCGAGACAUACUUUGAGAGCUGUGUCUAUGACCAGUGUGCCACGGCUGGCAGCACGGAGCAGCUCUGCAAUGACCUGGGGGCCUACGCUGCGGCCUGUGCUGAGGCGGGCGUUGAUCUGGGAGACUGGAGUGCUGGCACUGUCUGUGCUCCUACAGCCUCACCCCCGUCGCCAGGCACUACAACGCGGCCUCCACAUACGACAACAUCACCGUCAACUGGGACAAGCACAGCUCCACCAACAGACUGUAAUUUUGCCUGCACAUUCGAGAAGGACUUCUGUGAGUGGGUCCAGGAAGAUUACAGCAGCAUUGACUGGAUAAGGAACAAAGGCCCAACGCCCACGCCAAAUACCGGCCCGUCCUCUGAUCACACAACAGGAGAUGGCUACUACAUCUUCCUGCAAGGGGGUGAUGACGCUCUCCCUGGCUUUGUGGCUCACCUGGUCAGUCCGGUGUGCAGCUGGGAAGGAACAGUUUGCUUCCGCUUCUGGUACCACAUGUACGGAACUGCUCAAACAAUGGCCCUGGGCGUCUACGUGAAGAAGGAUGGUGAGCAAGUGCUGGUCUGGAAGAAAGCUGGGAACCAAAACGACAUGUGGCACUUGGGAGAGGUCACAGUGCACACCACAGGAAACAUGCAGAUUUUGCUGGAGGGAGAAUGGGGUGAAGAUGUGCGGAGCAACAUAGCGUUGGAUGAUAUCUCCAUUGAGAAGGGAUCCUGUGUAUCAGAUCCAUGGACACCAACACCCACGGUCCCCCUGCCAGGUACCACGACGCAGCCUGUACUCACCACCUCACCAACCGGACCCACACCGAGCUCAGGUCCACUUCCUACUACAUCCCCUACUCCACUGCCUAACAUUACAACACAGACACCAUCAACAAGACCACCUGGGGUGACCUCAGGCACCUGUGUGGUGGAAGGAGACCCUCACUACCACACAUUCGACAAGCAGUUACACCAUUUCAUGGGCACCUGCACCUACACCCUCUCCAAGCUGUGCGAGGGCAACAGCUCCCUGCCCUACUUCAAUGUGGAAGCGGCCAAUGAGCACAGGGGAGGCAACACCCGUGUGUCCUAUGUCCGAUACGUGGAUGUGGAUGUGGCUGAGCAGCGGAUAAGGCUGGGACAGGGUGGAGUGGUGACGGUCAAUGGAGUGGAAGAGAUCCUGCCUUGCAGCCCAUCCGCAGGCGUGCAGGUCUUGUCCAGCGGCUUCUACACCAUGGUCAUGACAGACUUUGGCCUGAGAGUCAAGUUUGAUGGGAAACAUCGAGUGGAGGUGACACUUCCAAGCACCUUUGGCCAGAAGGUCUGUGGCAUGUGUGGGAACUACAACGGGAUUGCAGCAGAUGACUUCCAGAACCCAGAAGGGGCAAUGGAGCCAGACUCCACCAGCCUGGGCAACAGCUGGGAGGUGUCCAACAACAGCAGCUGCUCAGCUGGACCUCUGCCCACCCCAGCCUGCAAUGAGACCGACAAACAACUCAUCGUCAGCAGCCACUUCUGUGGGCUCCUCACUGACACCAGAGGCCCAUUCCAGGUGUGCCACGCUGUGCUGAGCCCCAGCAGCUACUUUGACACCUGCUUCUAUGACCUGUGUGAGCUGGGGCUGGAUCACGAGACCCUGUGCAAGAGCUUGCAGUCCUAUGCAGAUGCCUGCCAGUCACUCGGUGUCCACAUACCUGUGUGGAGGAACACAACAUUCUGCCCAAUCGCUUGUCCGGCCAACAGUCACUACGAGUCCUGUGCUGCAGCUUGUCCAGCCACCUGUGUUGACCCAACAGCUCCCGAUACCUGUAGUCUGCCAUGCGUGGAGGGCUGUGUGUGCGACAGCGGGUACCUGCUCUACAAUGACCGCUGCGUGCCCAGCCAGCAGUGCGGGUGCUGGCACAACGGGCAGCACUACCCCGUGGGCUCCGAGUUCUGGACGGACGACAGCUGCUCCUCCAAGUGUGUGUGUCCUGCACGGGGAAGCAAAGUCCAGUGCUUCAAUGCCUCCUGCCCUGUGGGCCAGUACUGCGGGGUGCAGAACGGGAAACCCGUGUGCCUCGAACACUCCUACGGCAUCUGCCACGUCCACGGCGACCCCCACUACAAAACCUUUGACAAGGUGACGCACAACUUCAUGGGCAACUGCACCUACACCCUGGCCAAAGUGUGCUCCAACACCAGCUCCCUGCCCUACUUCAACGUGGAGGCCAAGAACGAGCACAGGGGCAACACCCGAGUGUCCUACGUGCGUGAAGUCGCGGUGGAGGUGUACGGACAGCGCAUCGUCAUGGUCAAGCAGCAGACGAGCCACGUGCUGGUGAACAACGUGCGGCAGACGUUGCCCGUGAGCGCAGCGGGAGGGGCCGUCACGGUGAGCAAGAGCGGCCGCUACAUCGUCCUGGAGACAGACUUCAACCUCAGAGUGUCCUACGACGCUGACCACUCGGUGGAGGUGAAGGUGCCCACCACCUACUUCAACCUGACCUGUGGCAUGUGUGGCAAUUUCAACAACCGCAGAGACGACGAGUACAUGAUGCCCAACGGGCAGCAAGCUGCAGACUCCAAUGCGCUGGGACAGAGCUGGCAGGUGCCAGACAGUGACCCCUCCUGCGGUGUUCCAGUCCCCUCCCCACCCUGCAGUGCAGAAGACGAGCAGCUCUACCGCUCCGACCAGUUCUGUGGCAUACUGACCACCAGGCCUAGCUCUUUUGACAGUUGCCACGGCGUGAUCAACCCCCAGGACUACUUUGACACCUGCCUGUAUGACCUGUGUGCCCUGAAUGGUGGUCAGGAGUUCCUGUGUGCUGCUCUGGAGGCCUAUGCUGACGCGUGCCAGGCAGCUGGUGUGACUCUUCUUCCCUGGAGAAAUGCCACCUUCUGCCCUCUGCAGUGUCCCCCCAACAGCUACUAUGACCCUUGCAUGACCGGCUGUCCUGCCACCUGUGUUGACCAACAUGCUCCUCAGAACUGCUCCAAGCCUUGUGUGGAGGGCUGUGCAUGUAGCUCUGGCUUCCUCCUCAGCGGAGACACCUGUGUGCCCGAGGCCAACUGCGGCUGCCUCUUUGAGGGCAACUACUAUACUGAAGGCGAAUCCUUCGUCAAUGAGAACUGCACUCGCCGGUGCCGCUGUGAAGCCAAAGGCCAGAUGGUUUGCUCUGCCCUGUCCUGUGGCGAGGACGAGGUCUGCAAGAUCCAGGAUGGCCAGAGGGGCUGUUACCCAGCCAGCACUGCCAUCUGCCACAUCUACGGUGACCCACACUACAGCACCUUCGAUGGCAAGCUCCACCACUUCCAGGGCUCCUGCAACUACACAGUGGUGACAGGCUGUGACAACUCCUCCAUUGGCUUCAGUGUCACCACCCGCAACGAACAUCGCGGCAGCCAGAGCUGGACAGCUCUGGACUCUGUGGCACUGUCCCUCGAAGGCCUCCACAUUGCUCUGCGCAAGCACAAGGCAGUCUACAUCAACGGUGCUCUGGUCUCCCUGCCUGCUUCUCCUGCCCCUGGUGUGAGCAUUUCCCUGAGCGGCUCCUACGUGAGGGUUUCUACCAAGCUGGGCCUGCAGCUGCAGUUCAAUGGGGACCAUGAGCUCCUAGUGAAGGUGUCUGAGAAAUACAAGGGCAAACUCUGUGGGCUCUGUGGGACGUACACUGGGAGCCAGCAGGACGACUUCAUGCGACCCGAUGGGGUGGUUGUACCCGACUUCAACGACUUUGGAGCCAGCUGGAGGGUGCCAGAUGCUGAGUGGCCGUGUGACCCAGACAUCAGCCCGCCUGCGUCCUGCUCCCCUGCUGAAGAGGAGGCAGCUAACAAGCAGUGCUCAAUCCUCACACAGCUCGGUGGCCCGUUCCAGCCGUGCCAUGCAGUUCUGCCACCCGAGACAUACUUUGAGAGCUGUGUCUAUGACCAGUGUGCCACGGCUGGCAGCACGGAGCAGCUCUGCAAUGACCUGGGGGCCUACGCUGCAGCCUGUGCUGAGGCGGGCGUUGAUCUGGGAGACUGGAGUGCUGGCACUGUCUGUGCUCCUACAGCCUCACCCCCGUCGCCAGGCACUACAACGCGGCCUCCACAUACGACAACAUCACCGUCAACUGGGACAAGCACAGCUCCACCAACAGACUGUAAUUUUGCCUGCACAUUCGAGAAGGACUUCUGUGAGUGGGUCCAGGAAGAUUACAGCAGCAUUGACUGGAUAAGGAACAAAGGCCCAACGCCCACGCCAAAUACCGGCCCGUCCUCUGAUCACACAACAGGAGAUGGCUACUACAUCUUCCUGCAAGGGGGUGAUGACGCUCUCCCUGACUUUGUGGCUCACCUGGUCAGUCCGGUGUGCAGCUGGGAAGGAACAGUUUGCUUCCGCUUCUGGUACCACAUGUACGGAACUGCUCAAACAAUGGCCCUGGGCGUCUACGUGAAGAAGGAUGGUGAGCAAGUGCUGGUCUGGAAGAAAGCUGGGAACCAAAACGACAUGUGGCACUUGGGAGAGGUCACAGUGCACACCACAGGAAACAUGCAGGUACAGAAGUGCCUUGCUUACUGCUGUCACCCAGCUAAGCUGGUGGCAGAGCACUUGAGUGGGACAGCUCUGCCUGAGAUGACGCACUUCAAUCCCUGUCCUGGAUCCAUGGACACCAACACCCACGGUCCCCCUGCCAGGUACCACGACGCAGCCUGUACUCACCACCUCACCAACCGGACCCACACCGAGCUCAGCUCUGUUGCUAGCGGUCCACUUCCUACUACAUCCCCUACUCCACUGCCUAACAUUACAACACAGACACCAUCAACAAGACCACCUGGGGUGACCUCAGGCACCUGUGUGGUGGAAGGAGACCCUCACUACCACACAUUCGACAAGCAGUUACACCAUUUCAUGGGCACCUGCACCUACACCCUCUCCAAGCUGUGCGAGGGCAACAGCUCCCUGCCCUACUUCAAUGUGGAAGCGGCCAAUGAGCACAGGGGAGGCAACACCCGUGUGUCCUAUGUCCGAUACGUGGAUGUGGAUGUGGCUGAGCAGCGGAUAAGGCUGGGACAGGGUGGAGUGGUGACGGUCAAUGGAGUGGAAGAGAUCCUGCCUUGCAGCCCAUCCGCAGGCGUGCAGGUCUUGUCCAGCGGCUUCUACACCAUGGUCAUGACAGACUUUGGCCUGAGAGUCAAGUUUGAUGGGAAACAUCGAGUGGAGGUGACACUUCCAAGCACCUUUGGCCAGAAGGUCUGUGGCAUGUGCGGGAACUACAACGGGAUUGCAGCAGAUGACUUCCAGAACCCAGAAGGGGCAAUGGAGCCAGACUCCACCAGCCUGGGCAACAGCUGGGAGGUGUCCAACAACAGCAGCUGCUCAGCUGGACCUCUGCCCACCCCAGCCUGCAAUGAGACCGACAAACAACUCAUCGUCAGCAGCCACUUCUGUGGGCUCCUCACUGACACCAGAGGCCCAUUCCAGGUGUGCCACGCUGUGCUGAGCCCCAGCAGCUACUUUGACACCUGCUUCUAUGACCUGUGUGAGCUGGGGCUGGAUCACGAGACCCUGUGCAAGAGCUUGCAGUCCUAUGCAGAUGCCUGCCAGUCACUCGGUGUCCACAUACCUGUGUGGAGGAACACAACAUUCUGCCCAAUCGCUUGUCCGGCCAACAGUCACUACGAGUCCUGUGCUGCAGCUUGUCCAGCCACCUGUGUUGACCCAACAGCUCCCGAUACCUGUAGUCUGCCAUGCGUGGAGGGCUGUGUGUGCGACAGCGGGUACCUGCUCUACAAUGACCGCUGCGUGCCCAGCCAGCAGUGCGGGUGCUGGCACAACGGGCAGCACUACCCCGUGGGCUCCGAGUUCUGGACGGACGACAGCUGCUCCUCCAAGUGUGUGUGUCCUGCACGGGGAAGCAAAGUCCAGUGCUUCAAUGCCUCCUGCCCUGUGGGCCAGUACUGCGGGGUGCAGAACGGGAAACCCGUGUGCCUCGAACACUCCUACGGCAUCUGCCACGUCCACAGCGACCCCCACUACAAAACCUUUGACAAGGUGACACACAGCUUCAUGGGCAACUGCACCUACACCCUGGCCAAAGUGUGCUCCAACACCAGCUCCCUGCCCUACUUCAACGUGGAGGCCAAGAACGAGCACAGGGGCAACACCCGAGUGUCCUACGUGCGUGAAGUCGCGGUGGAGGUGUACGGACAGCGCAUCGUCAUGGUCAAGCAGCAGACGAGCCACGUGCUGGUGAACAACGUGCGGCAGACGUUGCCUGUGAGCGCAGCGGGAGGGGCCGUCACGGUGAGCAAGAGCGGCCGCUACAUCGUCCUGGAGACAGACUUCAACCUCAGAGUGUCCUACGACGCUGACCACUCGGUGGAGGUGAAGGUGCCCACCACCUACUUCAACCUGACCUGUGGCAUGUGUGGCAACUUCAACAACCGAAGAGACGAUGAGUACAUGAUGCCCAACGGGCAGCAAGCUGCGGACUCCAAUGCGCUGGGACAGAGCUGGCAGGUGCCAGACAGUGACCCCUCCUGCGGUGUUCCAGUCCCCUCCCCACCCUGCAGUGCAGAAGACGAGCAGCUCUACCGCUCCGACCAGUUCUGUGGCAUACUGACCACCAGGCCUAGCUCUUUUGACAGUUGCCACGGCGUGAUCAACCCCCAGGACUACUUUGACACCUGCCUGUAUGACCUGUGUGCCCUGAAUGGUGGUCAGGAGUUCCUGUGUGCUGCUCUGGAGGCCUAUGCUGACGCGUGCCAGGCAGCUGGUGUGACUCUUCUUCCCUGGAGAAAUGCCACCUUCUGCCCUCUGCAGUGUCCUCCCAACAGCUACUAUGACCCUUGCAUGACCGGCUGUCCUGCCACCUGUGUUGACCAACAUGCCCCUCAGAACUGCUCCAAGCCUUGUGUGGAGGGCUGUGCAUGUAGCUCUGGCUUCCUCCUCAGCGGAGACACCUGUGUGCCCGAGGCCAACUGCGGCUGCCUCUUUGAGGGCAACUACUAUACUGAAGGCGAAUCCUUCGUCAAUGAGAACUGCACUCGCCGGUGCCGCUGUGAAGCCAAAGGCCAGAUGGUUUGCUCUGCCCUGUCCUGUGGCGAGGACGAGGUCUGCAAGAUCCAGGAUGGCCAGAGGGGCUGUUACCCAGCCAGCACUGCCAUCUGCCACAUCUACGGUGACCCACACUACAGCACCUUCGAUGGCAAGCUCCACCACUUCCAGGGCUCCUGCAACUACACAGUGGUGACAGGCUGUGACAACUCCUCCAUUGGCUUCAGUGUCACCACCCGCAACGAACAUCGCGGCAGCCAGAGCUGGACAGCUCUGGACUCUGUGGCACUGUCCCUCGAAGGCCUCCACAUUGCUCUGCGCAAGCACAAGGCAGUCUACAUCAACGGUGCUCUGGUCUCCCUGCCUGCUUCUCCUGCCCCUGGUGUGAGCAUUUCCCUGAGCGGCUCCUACGUGAGGGUUUCUACCAAGCUGGGCCUGCAGCUGCAGUUCAAUGGGGACCAUGAGCUCCUAGUGAAGGUGUCUGAGAAAUACAAGGGCAAACUCUGUGGGCUCUGUGGGACGUACACUGGGAGCCAGCAGGACGACUUCAUGCGACCCGAUGGGGUGGUUGUACCCGACUUCAACGACUUUGGAGCCAGCUGGAGGGUGCCAGAUGCUGAGUGGCCGUGUGACCCAGACAUCAGCCCGCCUGCGUCCUGCUCCCCUGCUGAAGAGGAGGCAGCUAACAAGCAGUGCUCAAUCCUCACACAGCUCGGUGGCCCAUUCCAGCCGUGCCAUGCAGUUCUGCCACCCGAGACAUACUUUGAGAGCUGUGUCUAUGACCAGUGUGCCACGGCUGGCAGCACGGAGCAGCUCUGCAAUGACCUGGGGGCCUACGCUGCGGCCUGUGCUGAGGCGGGCGUUGAUCUGGGAGACUGGAGUGCUGGCACUGUCUGUGCUCCUACAGCCUCACCCCCGUCGCCAGGCACUACAACGCGGCCUCCACAUACGACAACAUCACCGUCAACUGGGACAAGCACAGAUCGUGCUUCCUGCAGCGCCUCUGGGGACCCACAUUACAACACUUUUGACCACAAAGUCCAUAAUUUCAUGGGAAAUUGCACUUACACCCUCUCCAAAGUGUGCACUGUCUCUGAGAGUCUUCCAUACUUUGAUGUGUCCACAACAAAUGAGCACAGAGGAGCCAACACCAAAGUCUCCUAUGUGAAGUCAGUGCACGUGGAAGUCUAUGACAAUCAGAUUUCUCUGCUGAAAAACAAGAAAGUGAAUGUGAAUGGUUACAGAAUGAACUUGCCUGUAUUUAUUGAAAAGAAGAUCAGUAUUCAAAGCAGUGGUGGAUAUGUUCUCUUGGAAACUGACUUUGGACUGUGGGUGAGAUAUGAUGGAAAUCAUUAUGCAGAAGUCUCUGUGCCCUCUAAUUACAGUGGUCUGCUCUGUGGCCUCUGUGGUAAUUAUAAUGGUGAUCCCAAUGAUGACAAUAUCAAGCCCAAUGGUGACAUUGCAAGUGGUUCCACUGAUCUUGGAGAAAGCUGGCAGGUGCCUGAAAAUAACACCAUAUGCUCCAGUGGUGGGACGGAAGAGCAAUGUGAUCCUGUGUUGGAGAGUGAAGCAAAGAAAAACACAGCAUGUGGCAUGAUCACAGACCCAACAGGAAUCUUCAAGGACUGUCACUCCAAGGUGCCUCCACAGAAUUUCUUUGAAAACUGUGUUUAUGACAUGUGUUUCACUGGGGGACAGGCAACCUCCUUAUGCUAUGGACUGCAGGCCUAUGCUGAGUCAUGUGUCAAUGCUGAGAUAUGCAUAGAAUGGAGGAAUGCUACUCUUUGCCCAAUGUCAUGUCCUGGAGGCAGCAUCUACAAGAGUUGUGGUACUAGGUGUCCUUCUACCUGUUUGAACAUCUCAUCAGCUGAUUCCUGCAGUUCUUUGCCAGUGGAAGGUUGCUUCUGUAAGGAAGGCUAUGUUUUGAGUGGAGACAAAUGUGUGCCAGAAAGCAACUGUGGUUGUGUUGAUGAAAAAAACCAGUAUCACCAGCUGAAUGAAAGCUGGUUCACCCGUUACCCCUGCACUGAGCGCUGCACCUGCAAGGCCAAUAACACCAUAGAGUGCAAAUCCUGGGAGUGUGGAGCCCAGGAGGAGUGCAGUAUUCAGGAUGGUGUGCUGGGCUGCCAUUCCAAUGGUCAAGCAACAUGUCAAGUGGUAGGAGAUCCCCAUUAUUUCACUUUUGAUGGAAUGAAGUACACUUUUGUGGGAACCUGCACCUACACUUUGGUUGAGGUUGUCAACACUGCCACCAAUGUCAUUCCUAUAACCAUACUUGGCAAGAAUGAAGACAGGGGACUAAGAGGGGCCACAUACCUGAAAGAAGUCUACGUAGAUGUGCAUGGUAUACGAAUCACCCUUCAGAAAAACCAAGGAAUCCUGCUGAACAACGAGAGAGUCUACACUCCAGUGCAGAACCGACUGCCAGGCAUGUCCAUUGGAAAUGUUGGCAGAUUUAUAGUACUGGAAACUGACUUUGGUGUGACAGUGAAAUUUGAUGGCAAUCAUCAUCUGGAAAUCACCCUCCCACGCUCUUAUUUCUCACAGGUGCAUGGCAUGUGUGGCAAUUUCAAUGGUAAUCAUGAAGAUGAUCUGUCCUUGACCAAUGGUACACUUGUCACUGCCCCACAGUUUGGAAAUAGCUGGGAAGUGGAGACAGACAGUGAUAAGGGUUGUUUGCCAGACUUAAGAGAAGAUGAUAAUCCUCCUUGCACUGCUGAGAAUAAACAACCCAUUGAAAGACAGUGCAAUGUUCUAAAAUCAGACAAAUUCAAAGAAUGCCAUAGUCUAGUCAACCCUGAUGACUUCAUAGAGAUCUGCAUCUAUGAUAUGUGCCAGUAUGAUGGUAUGAAGUCUGCUCUCUGUGACAUUGUUCAAGCCUAUGUGGACACCUGCAAGAACCAUGGAAUCACCAUUAAAUGGAGGAAUAGCACAUUCUGUCCACUGCCCUGCCCAUCCCGGAGCCACUACAAAGACUGUGUCUCUCCCUGCCCAUCAACAUGCAGUGACAUUUUUGCCUCUUCCCUUUGUGAGAAGACAGAAGAGUGCACAGAAGGCUGUGAAUGUGAUGAUAAUUAUGUGCUCAGCAAUGGCAACUGUGUGCCUCUCAGCAGCUGUGGCUGCAGGGAUGAUGACAACAAUUACUACAGCGCUGGGGAGACAUGGCUAACUCCACACUGCACCAAAAGAUGCCAGUGCCAGAAGAAUGGUGUCAUCAGUUGCAAGAGCUAUAGUUGUGAUUCUAGAGAAACCUGUGUGAUUAAAAAUGGAAAACACAAGUGCAAUCCAACAGGUUUUGGGAAAUGCCAGGUGAUGGGUGACCCACACUACAUCACCUUUGAUGGGUUGGUGCACCACUUCCAAGGGAAAUACACAUAUAUUCUGGCUCAGACCAUCCCUGACCUGCCUGACACUCUGGCACAGUUCAGCAUUGAAGGCACAAACUAUCCUUUACGUGGAAGUCGACACAUUACUUACCUGAAAGAGAUGCUCAUCAAUGUUUACAACCACACAGUGCGGUUCAGGCAGAACAAGCAGGUUCUGUUGGAUGGUGUGAGGGUGAGGCCCCCUGUUCGACCUCAUGAAGGUAUUCGUAUAUAUCAGAGGACAACAAGAAUUUACCUGGAGACAGAUUUUGGCUUAUACCUGAGCUUUGAUGGCAAUCAAAAUGCAGACAUAAAGCUGGCUACCACCUACAGAAGCAGAGUGGAAGGCUUAUGUGGUGACUUUGAUGGGCGAUACAGAAAUGACUUUAAAAAUCCAAAUGGUGUUUGGGUGCGGAAUGUGAAUGUGUUUGGUGAAAGUUGGAAAGUUCCUCUGAAAAGAAGCUCUCGUCUCAGACGAGAUGUCAUCUCCAAAAAUGAGUCUGAGGAGGAACCAGAUCCAGGGCUUUUCCAAGGUUGCAAUGAAAAUCAGCUGGAGCAGCAAAACACAACAACAGAGUGUCAAAUCCUGACUUACUCGAAUGGUCCUUUUGCCAAGUGUCAUUCUACAGUCGAACCAGGUUUCUAUUUCACGAGCUGCCUGUUCGAUAUGUGUGUGGAAGGAGAUGAGGUCGCUACCUUGUGUCGCAGUCUGGAGGAAUAUGUGCUGGCUUGUCAGCAGCAAGGAGUCAGCAUGGAUGGCUGGAGGCAACAGACAGAGUGUGCUCUGACAUGUCCUGCCAACAGCCAGUACAGCUCAUGCAUGUCUGCAUGCCCAGCAUCCUGCAACGACCUGACCAGCCCCUCUGAGUGUGAAUCACCCUGUGUUGAAGGCUGUGAAUGUCUCCCUGGUUAUGUUCUUAGUGGCUUUGACUGUGUGCCUUACAAACAGUGUGGCUGCACAUAUCUUAACAAAUACUAUGAGAUUGGAGAAAUAUUCACCACUGAUGACUGCUCUCAGAAAUGCUGGUGUACAGAAAGCUCCACUGUUUCCUGCACUGAUCUAGUGUGUGGGUCUGAUGAAAUCUGUGGCGUUUCAAACUACAGUCGUGGAUGCUACAGGAGUGGCCCAUGUAUGCCAAAUCCUUGUAAGAAUGAUGGCAUUUGCUCUGAAACUUCCAACGGCCCCUCCCUCCACUUCUGUGAAUGUUCAGAACUCUACACGGGACCAAACUGUGAGGCUGAAAAAUUAGUUGUAGAGCCUGACACAGGGGAUUCGAACAACACAGUUGCCAUUGUCAUCGGAGUUGUGGCAGGUGUAGUUGUUAUUGUCAUUCUCAUCUCCUCCACAGUGUACCUGUUCAGCAGGAAGAGAAAGUCUGGUUCAGCUACAGUAUCAAGGGAUUCUUCUUUUAAAUGGUCCAGAGAUGAAUCAAAUGCCAGAGUACGUGAGCAAGAUUAUGGCUGCAUCGUGAACAGAGCAUUUGAUCAAAAUGAAUCCCCAAAUACACACCUAUAAUUAACAAUACUAUUCCUAUUCCUAUUCCUAUUCCUAUUCCUAUUCCUAUUCCUAUUCCUAUUAAUUUGUCAUACCUUUUACUUUUGUAUUUCAAUUGUAUUUCUAAUACUUUGAGAAGAUAGAAUAAUAAAUUUAUCAUUGCAUUUGU